AUGCAUUAUUAUCAAGUUAAUUACACAAUUUUGUCUUUCACUUAGGUCAAAAGAUGCCAAUCCAAGGUAUCAGAACUAGAAUCAGUUAGGACUCCUUCUAAACAAUUUCUUUCUGAGACAAAGAGGAAGAGAAGAAUGAAGUCACGAAGAAAGACACCUUCACUAAUCCAGUCUGAAAACUCAGAAAAGCUUGAAGAUAGGUUUGUAAAGCCACGGACUUCAUGGAAACGUAAACAUGAAACUACUGAGGCAUGUGCUGAAAUUCAUGGUGCCACAGAAAGUGACAAAAGACCUUGCCUUGAUGGUAUGUGGGUCUCAUUAGUUGGUACUGCAAGUUUUGAGCAACUCAAGAACUAUGUCACAUGCUCUAAAAAAGCAAAGAAAGUACUUCCAUCAGUUGUAAACAAAGAAGUAGCUAAAUUUGAAGAAAGUACUGACAAUGCAGUUAGAAGUGUAAAGGUUUUGUAUUGUAAAGGAUUAAUUAGUAAAGAAAAAUACAAAUCUGUGAGGCAAAGCCUGUACAUGAAAUCUGAUGGAAAUAGUGCUCGUACAAGCUAUAUAAAGGUAUCAGGAGUGAAAGUACCUAAAAUUCUUACUUACGAAACGGUUAUUUCUGAUUACUUCACCAACUUGAAUAGAUUUGAGAAAAGAAAUAACCUUUUCGUAAGUAAGAAUUUUAGGUACUUUCACUCCUGAUACCUUUAUACAGCUUCUAUGAGCAUUGAUAUGAAAUCAGAGUUUUGUGGAAACUUAGGGGAGGAUGAACAAGUGGAAGGAGCUUUCAGGCAACUUGAGGACUUUCUACUUGAACUUGCAAAUUUGUACAUUCAUGUUGAUAAAGUCUUAAGCAAGGAGGGAUCGCCCUUUUUUCGUAAUUUUAAUGAGGCUUCAUACCAUUUCAAAGUAGCCAUUGGUGCUGAUGGGGCGCCAUUCGGAAAGGAUGAUGAAGCGACUACGUGGCUUCUUUCUUUUAUCAAUGUAGGAGAACAAAUUGCGAGCCACAAUGAAAACUUUCUCCUUGCUGGGGCAAAUUGCUCGGAGUCUCAUGUUGUCAAGAAGCUCUAA